GGAUAAGGCCAGCUGAAGGGUUUGCUUUCAUUUUCAAUUCUAGACAAUGCCUUAAUAGAAAGAGCUUUUGUCGGUCGGGCCGCAGUCCUCAUCAUCAUUUAAGCACUUAUUUGUGUCCUGGGAAUAAAUUCUGACUGGCUUUGGCAUGUAACGUCUCAAAAAUGUCAAUUUCAUUGGGUGACAAUAUACAUAAAGGAUCUGAAAAAGGCUAUCCGAAAGCCAACUUGGGAUAUUUUCAGUCUGGCCAGGAAACUGAAAAUGCAGACAAUGUUUUCGUACUCGUUGUGCACUAUGACUUUAAGGACACCAAAGGGUCAUUAGCACCGAGAUUAGGUGACGAGAAGGAUGUUGAAAAUCUAAGGGUGGCAUUUGAGAAGAACAGAAAUUGCGCGUUCCGCGAGUUGUUGUCGCCGAAAAAGGAUGACCUGCUCAAUUUUCUUAAAGACGAGCACAAUCUGAAGCUUUACUUCGGCGCCCCCCCAGAUGAACCUGCCGUUUUCUUUUUGAUAAUUUUGUCGCAUGGAACAGAGGACGGAGUCAUUUUCACAGACACUGUUCUCAGUUUAAAUACAAAAGAUGAGUACGAGACCUUCACCACAGAAGAUGUUUUUAAGUCUAUUAGAGACUUAUUUCCAAAGUGUCUUAAGGGCAUAUUCUUUGGGCCCUGCAGAGGCUCAAUAGAGGAAAGAAUUGAGAAAUGUUAUCACACUCAAUCAGAAACCAAGAGGGAAAUAGAGCACGCAAAAAAUAGAAACUCGUGCAGAAUUACCUUUGAGCCAAACAUGCGCAACCUUGUCAUCUUAUAUUCAACAGUUGAGACAACAGUGUCACAAAGGCGUGUAAACACAGGCACUUGGCUUGUGGAAUGUUUGUGCGAGCAUUUGAAUAAAAUGGGGCAGAACGAAGAUGUUCUACAAUUUUUUACAGCAAUACAAAACAAAAUUCAUCACAAGCCAUUUGCUGAAUCCGGUUCAAAAGGCCAGACUCCGGAAUUAAAAAUGUUCACUUGCGACAGAAGAUUCUUUUUCCAUGUCCUUGGCCCAAAUAAUGCUGUCGCUGGUACAUCAAGGUCUGGAUCAGACUCAAAAUUCGUAAAGAUUGAAAGCCAAGUGGAAAAGCCGCAGUCUAUUCAAUUCGAUUGGUGGGAUUCUGAUUUAAAUGCGGCUCUCAGAGGCAGAAGUGCAGUUAUUUUCCACCAAGGGGAAAAAACUAUAUAUGUGUCAAAAUUGGAAGCUGCCCUUAAUAUAAAUCUUGGAUUUGACACUAAAACUGUCAUAAUUGACAAAGAACUGGAAGACUAUUUUACAAAUAGAAACAAACAAUCUUGGAGAAAUUACGGUUGUUUUGCUGCCUUUUUCUUUGCCGAGAUCGCAGAAAAGGGUGGUGAAGUCUGCAUUCAAGUGAGUGAAAAUGUAAGUAUACCAGUCGGCAAGUUGCUCCACAGAUUGCUUGGUCCUAAAAACGAUGGCUGGAUUGGAAAACCAAAACCCUUUUUCCUACUUAACACAAAAUUCGCAACAACAGACUGUGCAAUUAUGGCAAAAAGAUUGAAACUAGAGGAAAUUAUUCUUCCAGCGACCAAAAAUAGUGGUUGGAUGGUGCUCAUUCUUCAAAAUAUAGAUAUACCCCAAAUCGAAAAGUUCGUUGAUAUCUUUCAAAGUCAAGAAAUCAAACAAAUAAGCUCGUCUAGAAGCCUUCAAGAUUACCUCGUCGAUUUUCUGAUUGCACGGCCGUGUAAUUAUGCAGGAAAUGGUCCUGAUGCAAUGAUGGUAUCAACUUUGCAUUGCCUGUUGAAUUUUCCACAGUUGGAUAAAAGCUUUGUAAAACCAAUAUUCACUGUAGAUUACAAAGCAGACAAAGAAACAUGGGAUGGAUUUGUACAAAAAUGUAUUACACAAGAAAAUCAAAUUUUCUUGCUUCCAUCGUUUCCAGGAUCUGGAAAGUCGACAGUGAUGCGCGAGUUGGCUUUUGAAAUGGAAAGAAAAUUGGAAGGAGCAACCAAAAUCUUUCUGGUUAUCCUUAUUCAAACCUCGCAUCUUUUUUACGCCGCUAAAAGAGAAGGAAAAGUUCCAUCACUCGCCUCGAUUGUCUCCCACGCGACAGGAACCCGAGAAAUAGAAAUUCAAAAUUUAAUUCAUGAAAAGAAAAUAAUGUUGUUAUUCGACGGAUUCGACGAAAUUUACCCUCUUUACCGAAAUCAAGUGCGUCAAGUUUUUGCUGAAGCGGUACUAGAAAAAGUGCCCUUGUGGGUUUCAACGCGACCGCACAUAGAAGGCGAAAUUUUUGCAAAGCCCGGAACAGGAAACAAAAUUUGCAGAGUACAAAUUAUGCCUCUUGACGAUGAUCAGCAAAUCGAGUUUUUGUGUAUGACUUCAAAAAAACCUUAUGAUGAAUGCAGACGUCGGAUCAAUUUCUACAGAGUAAAUGGAUCAAAAGAUAUACUGGAAAACCGUCUUCACUUGAAAAUGAUCGCUGAACUUGAUUACAAAGAAUGGACCAACUUGUAUGAAAUUUAUGAAGAAAUUGUACAACAAAAAUUGAAGUUUGUGCUAAAUGACAAUCUUUCGGCUUUUCAGCGCAAAUCUGAUGAUUUUUACACGAAACUGAAGCAACUUGCUGUGCAAUUUCUAUUCAAUGGCGGGAUAUGUGUAGUAUUAGAAUAUCCUAACAAUGGAAUUGUUACAAUCAGCAAUGGACGCGCCCAGUUUGUUCAUCAAACGUUUGCCGAAUUCCUUGCAGCUGCCCAUUUUGUCGAUUGGUUGCACUGUGAAGACGAAAAAAUGCCGUUUGAUAUUUUCAAGAAAGAAGUCUUCCGUCAAGUCCGCAAUUUCAUUAAUAUGAAAAUUCGUUCAAUGAUUGACGAUUCAAAAGUUCAAUUAGCGCUGGAAAGGUACUUGCAACAAUGCCUUACUAAAUUUAGUCUUGAAAACUUUAUCCUCAGAGAAAAGCUGGAUGCAUUUGCCUCAGUCGCUGUAAAUCUGAUUACUUUUAUUCAGACCGACAAAAAUCAACUAAAUUACGUUACGACCAACGAACUAUUGGUGUUGGCCUGUAAACGGGACGAGAACUUUGCAUUGCAACUUUUAAAUAAAGGCGCUUAUGAAAAGUUAACUAACCAAAACACUUGUACUGUAGAAAUGCUUGCUGGUGCAAUAAGAAAUAAUUUUGUACGACUCUUUUCCAAAAUACAAGAAAAGUGGAUGGACCUAGUGCAAAAAGAUAAAAGCUCGAUAAAUCAAGCCGUUAUAGAGGCGGUGGGAGAAAAUCACCACAAAAUUUUGCAGUUGUUGCUCGAGAAAGGAAUUGUAAACGCAAGUGAUAAAGACAAUUUUCAAGCGGCACUGAGAACUGCUGUUGAGAGGAACAGUGUCGAGUGCGUUCAGUUUCUGAUUGAAAAUACGCCACGUACUGCAUUCCUUGACGUUACUGCUUUCGGAAGUGAUGGUUUUUUGAUUAACAUUGAGACUACAAAAGCUCUCCUCAAUACAAACGACAAUGCCGACGAGCCAAAGACAAGUUUGGCGUCAAGGAUUUUCAACAGUGCAGUAAAAUAUGCAAAUGCUGAUGUUGCAAUUUUUCUACUUCAAAAUUACGGAAAUGUUGAGGACGCAGAUUUCAAAGUGAGCCCAAGUGCUUUGCUUGAUGUCUCGAAGUGGGACGAUUCUCACGACAAAUCAGUAGAACUAUGUCGCUGGCUGGUGGAAAAACGACGAUUCAAAGUUUAUGAAAAUGACGUAAAAGGACAUGAUGCUAUUUUCUAUGCAGAAAAAAGAGGCAAUUCAGAGUUAUGCACAUACCUAAAGGAACGUUAAAAUCCAUAUGAACACAUCGCAUGCGCCUUGAAAAAAUUUUGAGAUGUGCAUUUUGUGUAAAAUACAUUUUGUUGCUAAUUUAAGUCCGGUAAACACACCAAUUUCAAACAUAAAACUAAUUAUUUUUUUCAUUUAGCUAAUUUUAAGGAGUAAAAUUAUGUUUUUACAUGUAAUUGCUAAGUAAAAUGAAUAAAAAAAGUAUGA